AUCUCGUCUAAAACCCCACAAAAACCCUCGUUUCAGCCUUGUCAAUGUCUCUCUUCAAAACCCUAAACCCUUCUCAGAUUUCUCGCAACAAACAUAUCUCACUUCUUUCAGUCUUUCUCAGGACCCUAACAUCAGUGCCAUCUCAAAACCAAACCAGCAACAAGAAGCCUCUGUCUGUUCUUUUCGAAGAAGCCGUGGGGUUACGUAAAAAAGCAGACAGCGACAGCGAAAACGAUACCACCAAUGUGUUGAAAAAUGGGUUGAAAGAAUUAGAGCGAGAGGUGAGAGAUUUGAAAGCCAAGAAUCAAGAGACCGUGAGUGUUAAUUUUGAAAAAAAAGAAGAGACAAAGAAAGUGAAGGGUUUGAGGUUGUACUCGUUGUUUGUUAACGGUAAGAGGGUGACUGUUGAAGAGAAAAACACGCGAGAGAGGAGAGUAGAGGAGGGUGGUACUUACCCAAAAAAAGGAGAGGAGGGUGGUCCUUACCCAAAAAAAGAAGAGGAGGGUGGUGUAUUGAAGGAGCUGUCGCCGGAUAUGGAGACGUUUGUGAAUCAUUUGUACAAAGAAGGGUAUUUUAGUAAAGGUAAUUUCUUGCGUCCUAAUCAAAAGAGGUUGGACUUUGGCUGUUUUGAUGAGAAUUAUGGCCGGGAUUUUAUUAAGUUUGCUGCUGAGAAGUUUGGCGAGGAUCAUCAAGAAAUUGCCAAAUGGUUGUCGGGAAGCGACUUGAGAACGAUAGCUCUCUUUGGUUGUCCUUCCACUACAAAGAAGGCUGUCUUUUCUGCUAAACAAUUGCGCAGAUUUUUUGAAAUUCAAGAAGACACUGUAUGUCGCAAAUGUGUGUUAAAAGAGUCAUGCAAGUUUGUAAAUCAAAGCAUAUGGAAAGGUCAACAUAAGAAUUUGAAUUUGGUUGUAGUGAUGAGGGUUAUCACUAGGUAUGCUCUGGAGUCAGUACCUCCGCAAUUGGUAGUGCCUGAUGAAGUAAAGGCUUCUGUCAGUCGAUUGUUCAAGGAGGUUAUCAACCUAAGUGAAACUACUCAUAAAGCUACUUCCACUAUAUCUGUAUAAUCCAGGUAAUUGGUGGCUAAAUUGCUCUUCAAGUGCUCAGCUUUCAUCCUAUGUCUCACCAAUUAUUCAAACCAGAUAUCAGUAUGACCAAAGAUGUCUGAAAGGAGGGUGUAGAUCAUUACUAUAGACCUGCAGGAGCCAAUAAAUGGACUUCUAGAUAGAAAAUGAUGGCUGAUGGUAUAAUUGUUUGUCCCAGUUGCUGCUUGGCUUGAUGCUGGAAGUUCUAGUUUUAUCUGAAAGGCAGCGUUUCAUUUAUUAAACUAUUGAUAGCUCUAGUCACAAUACACAAACUCGAUUAUCCUCAUGAAGGUAGCUUAUAGUUUAGUUAAUUCUAAAAUCCUUGGAAAUUUUUGCUAUGUCCACACAAAAUUAUUUUCUUCUUUUUCUUAUUAUCGUUAUAAAUUUUGACAUGUAUGUCAUAGACAAAU